AUGCAAACCAACUCUGCAAGUGGCUGUAUCUUGAAACUUUUCAGCCGCAAUUUUAGCCCAAGUGUGAGGUCGGUAGGGAUCAAUAGGUCUGUCUCGUUAGGCUCCAACGAAAGCUGCAGGUUGGCUGGGCUGCAUACAGUACAUCCCAUAUCUGCUGCAAACCACAGAACAUUCUCCACGGCUAGAGCACGGCAGACCACAUCGAAUAUGGCCGAAUCUAAACCUCUCCGAUAUGUCGACAUUGGUAUUAAUCUGAGCGACCCUGUGUUCCGCGGUGAAUAUCACGGAAAGCAAGCCCACGAAGACGAUCUCGAUGACGUUGUCCAGCGCGCUCGGGACAUAGGCUGCUCAAAAUUCAUGGUAACAGGCUCAGAUCUCGUAGAAUCGAAGCACGCCGUCCACAUCGCUACUAAAUACCCGGGCUUCUGUUAUGCAACCGUCGGUGUGCACCCGUGCCAAGCAAAGCACUUUGAUGAAUACCCAGGCGGUCCAUCGAAGAUGCUAGAGGAGCUCCGUGCUCUGGCACUUGAGUCCGCGCAAGCUGGUCACGCCGUCGCAUUUGGUGAAAUCGGCCUUGAUUACGACAGACUCUUUCUAAGUGAGAAGGAACCGCAACUAAAGUAUUUCGAAGCCCAAUUAGACCUUGCUGUUGAGAUUCAACUCCCUCUAUUCCUCCACUCGCGCGCUGCAAGCGAGGAUUUUGAAAAACUCCUCGCGCCCAGGCUGGCUAAGCUUCCUAAGCGGGGACUUGUGCACAGCUUCACGGGGACGAUGGAGGAAAUGGGGAGGAUGAUAGCGCUGGGUCUCGAUGUUGGUGUUAAUGGAUGCAGCAUGAAGACGGAGGAGAAUCUAGAGGUUGUCAAAGCAAUUCCGUUGGACCGGCUUCAGAUCGAAACCGACGGGCCUUGGUGUGAAAUCCGCCCUUCACAUGCGUCUGCAAAGCACCUGGAGGGCGCGCCGGAUCUGCCUAAGGCCGUGAAGAAGGAGAAGUGGCAAAAAGGAUGUAUGGUGAAGGGCCGGAAUGAACCUAUCGCUAUUGCUCGUGUUGCGCAUGUUAUCGCCAGCGUUAAGGGUAUCACUGUGGAGGAAAAUGUUCGGGUUGGGCGAAGCAUCACCUUGACUGGUGAUUUCUCUGGAGGUUGA